CAAACGAGUGGUUUAGCAGUUCAGUAGAGCGGUAAAAUGGAUGCGCGCUUUAGAAGCAAUCUCGACAUGAUUGGGCGCAACGAGCCUAUCACAAGGAAAGCCAGAUUCUGGCAAAGUUAUGUUCGAGCCUUAAAAGGCACCGAUGAUAUCAGAGCCCCUGAGCACACGCACAGACCUCGCAGUAUUUUCCGCUCAGAUUACCCUGAGCUGCAUUCCACCUCGUGGCCUUUUGGAAAAUCUAUCUUUGAAAAUCCCAUCCACGCAGCUGAUCGCAUCAAUGUUCCUGGAUACAGGUACCUGCCUGUUCACCGUGAGAUCUAUGGUUACUCACCGAGGCAGAUCUACCCGCAUCAAUACAAACCUGUAGAACGCUUCAUCCCUGCGAAACCAUUCGACCCUGAGCAAGCUUGGGCUGAUCAUCUGAAUCGCUUGGCAGACAUUGACAAGCUGUAUCCAAGCAAAUCGCCUUUGCUGGCUCGGCAUAUUAGCCCUCCUCUCAGUACGAAACGAUUGUUCGAUAUCCACGGUAACUUGGUAACCGAUUACGAUUAUUUACCAUCGUUCCCUUCGUUGUUACGCAAGAAACCAUUAUUCGACCUCCUUGAGCCAUCAGUAAUGGCACCGAUCAGCGCUUUCACUAGAGACCCAUGGUGGUAUCCUAGUUAUGCUCCUUAUAUUCCAAGUUAUGCUGCGAAAUCCACUCCGUUUUAUCUGAGAGAUAGUUACCUAAGUCCUGUUAAACGUAGCUACCUAUGGAGUCGACAUCCCAUCAGGCCUUUCGGAGCGUUAUACUACUAUUAUUCGCAGCCAGUUCCACGAUUUCACUUUACCCGCCCAUGGUACAAUAAACGUACCACAUAUUAAGAAACAAAGUGAGCGAUAAGAUUAAAAUGUGGCCAAGUAUUUUACUUACCUUACAUGUUAUCCUUACAUGUUAAUUCUACCAAUAAACAAUCAGGAAGAACGAUCACGUCAUAUUGCUGUAUAUAUUUCUGGCUACGAUGAAAUUUAUUUAUCAAUUAACAUGCAGCUAAACGUAACAAACAUAACAGGACAAAAAUGAAAUUAGUUUCAAAUUUAAAAUCAUUAUUAUUUCGUGCCAUUUGGAUUUUUCGAGUAAACAAACUGAAAUAUCUGAUUCUAACUAUGUCAUCAUAAAAUUAUAAAUUACUUACCUUUUUAUAAUCCAAAAUGAUCCAAUUAAAAACAAAAAAAGACGAAGAAUUGUCAUAAAAAAAAACACCACACAUCUUGUCUGUAUUUUGUACGUGACUUACGUGCCUGGAUUUACAACGCCCUCUAAUAGGAUUUUUUUAUUUGAAAUUUGCUCCUCUAUGUACAUUUCACUCAACUAAUAUGCAAUAUACAAUUGUGUAUAUAUCGACUGAAGAUUGAGGCAUGCUCUGCAAACAGAAACUUUUGGAAUAAAUUAUUCAUAUAAAGAAUACUUAUUGUUUAUUUUACAAUUAUUGUUUUUAUAAAUCCGUAGUUUGUGUUUGCAGACGAUAUUCGAAUUUAACACAGCAGCUUCAGAUGUCUCACGAGAUAUCGACAGACGCCGGAAACACAAUCCGUGUCGAAAAUAUUCUUCUUACCGUGUAAAGAUAUAUUUCCUUUCUCUCCUUUGUUUAAAGAUAUUCUAAUUCUUACUAUGUGUAUAUCUACUAUAUCCUUAUUUUAUGUUUUGAGAGUUCUAUAGAAUAUUCUAUUGUAUUUUUGUAUUUUAAAACAUGAUAAAAAUUCAUUCAUUAUUAAAAAUUGUAAAAUUAUUUGAACAAUUACAUUCUAAAGAUUAGAAUUACUUAGAACUCUCGAAGCAAUAUUCAUUUUGUUAUAUUUUUCGAUUAAUAUUUAUACCUGAUCGAUUAAUUGAUUUUUUGCAGCUCAUGCCUAUUGAUGACUGAUCGUCGCCCCGAAUGGAACGCGUGAUACGAAAAUAAGCGAUGAAAAAAAUCAAAUAAAAUUACGAAAAAAGAUAACAAAAAAAAGAUGUGAAAAAGUAUUUACAUCGUAUCCUAAACAACUAUUCGAUACCUAUUGCCUGAUUAUUUUUUUUCUCACAAUACGUAUCAUCGUUCACGGAGUUCUAUUUAUUAACGUUUCUCAUCACCAUGGUUUAUUGUACUAUUCGUUCGUGCUGUCUACGAAUAAAAUAAACACUGCCCAAAUUUUACUACAAA